GUUUGACUGAGUCCCUUGACGCUGGAGCAUCGAGCAUCGCAGUAAACAGUUCAGGCAAUGUUGGUGGUGACGUCGCUGCAGUUAUUGUUGCUGCUCUUAUCAGCGCAUUGGCAAAUGGAAGCGUUCAGAUAUUACGACUUUGAAGACAUUGGGCCUUAUGAAGUGGGCAACACGAAUCAGGAAUGUGACGGCCAUGCAGUGAUUUUGAAAUGGAUCAACGAGCAGGUGACCAGAAAUGCAAAGUUAACGAGUUUCAAUCUGCACUUGGGCCAACUGUUGGUUGCCAUAAAUAGCACGAAUCCCAAUCAGGCUGGGGAGGAGCAUUGCUGUUUCUAUGAGAAGAGUACCAUGAGUACCAUAUUUUCCGGUUUGACGAACCUUUCGGCUAUCAGUGACAUGCCAAAUGGCCAGCCAAUUGAGGAAACUGGCGAUUUGGGAAAAGAUUUGGACCUUAUUUUGGAGCGUAUGAAGGCGAUUUCGGCGAAGAAAGCGAAAAAUUGCUGCGAUCGAUUGGCGGAACAUCUCAAAGCGGUCGAAGCGGAUUUGAUGAAACAAUUAGAGGAACUAGGCAAGAAAUUAAGCCAACAGCACGAAGCUGCCAGCCAGCAAACAGAUGAGCUAAAGCUAAAUCAAACCAAUCUCGAGAAUAAGCUCAAGAAUGUAACGGAUCGCAUCGAUCAACUGGAGAAGAAGCAGGACGCAAACCAAGCGGAAGCGGCAAAAUGUUGCAAGGAGCUAAACGACAGAGUGGAUAAGCUCUACGAACAGCUGGAGCAGGCGAAAGCUGUGGCUAAAGAGAAAGCUAAGCAGCUAGAAAAGGAUAUCAACGAGUUGAAUCAAAAGCAAAAGGAUCAUGCGGAUAAGUUGAAUAAUUUACAGAAAGAAACUGAGAAGCAAAUGGAAAUUAUUAACAAAACUGUGGAAAUUUGCAAUAAUAAUUGUGGAAAUGAAACAACUGGAAGUGGAGGUGGAGGUGUAGGGGGAGGUGCAAAUGGAGGUGGAAAUGGUGGAAAUGGAAGUGGUAGUGGAAGUGGUUCAACUGGAGGUGCAUCCCAUACAAGUGGAUCAUUUGAACAACAGCUACAAGGCCAAGUACACCAUUUGGAGAAUAUGAUUGUAAACCUUACCGUGCAGAUCCAUCAAGUGACCAACGUAUCGAAUGCCGUGGCAAAUUGUUCGAAAAUCGAGAGUGAAUUGACGGAAAUGCUUAACUUACUUGAUAAAUUGCAAAACCAAAAACCACCAGAAGAAACCGUCUGUACCUCCGUUGAGGAAUUACAGGCGGCACUUGAUGAUGCCCUAAAGUGCUGCAAGCGAGUCGAUGAAUUGAGCAAGCAAGUGGAGAAAAUGACCCAGCAAAUUGAACAAUUGGAUAAGAAGUACAGUAAACAUGUGGAGCAACUGGAAGAGGCCUUAAAAAAUGUGCAACAACAACUGGAUGAUGCUUUGGACCAGUGGAACCAGACGAGCACGACACCAAGUCCCUGUGCUGGCGGCAAUGAAACUGAUUCCGAGGCCCUGCAUGAUCGCAUCAAGGACCUGCAGAAUCAGAUAAACACUUUGAAAAACAUACUUAAUAUCACUGAAAUAAAUCUCAAUAACAAUGAAGCAAAGCUCGUCGGGAUUAGCGAAACGCUGAAAGAAAAAUCGAAAGAAUUCGAACAGGUGAAUCAGGAUCGCGAGAAUGCAGCGAACACAUUCAAAGACCAGACGGAGGAACACUUAAACAAACUGGAGCUGCUAAUAUCAAUGCAAAAUUCAAGCAAGCCCAAUGACGAGCUCAUUAAGCGCAUAAUCAAAUUGGAAGAGCUGGAGAAGAUAAUGAGCGAAGAUGUAGAAAAGAUAUUGAAGCUGGAGACGACUAUUACGGAUCUGCAAAGUCAGCUUGAAGAGGCGCUAAAGAGGUUGAAAGAUAGCGAGGCGAACUUCAACGAAUGUACCGAGAAAUGCGCCAAGCUGGAUGAGCUAAAUGAUCUGAUCGAUCGCUUGGAAGAUUUGGAGCAACUCGUUUAUUCGACCACAUCCAGCACUGCCAACACUCCCACCCCUGCCACUGGCAGUGGCGGCGGAAGUGGCGGCGGAGCGAGCGACCUGUCUGGAUCCUUACGUGUCUCCGGCAAGUAG